AUGGAGGAACCCUUGAAAACCCUCAAUCUCAUUGACAAGUUAACUGGAGGUGAAUUCCGCUGCCCAUCAAUUGCUAGUUGUAGUAGUAAUAGUAGUACCGAUCCAUUGGAACACCACCAACUACUUUGCCUUGCAGCUUCUUCUUUCACUCUGGAUCUAUCUUGGUGGCAGCCCCUGCCCUCCACCACAAAGAAGAGAAAAGGAAAAGAACUAGUACCGGUGGAGGAAGAGUCAGCAGCACCUAUGAAUCAUCCCAAACGUCGAAAACUAGUACUGAAUGAUCACCAGAAUAAUAGAGAGCUGAAUAAAAGAAGUGCCUUGGCAAAUAAAGAUAAUGACAACGAGAGCUGUCUUGGUCUUACUUUGGGGGUUUCUCCGGUGUCAACCACCCUGCCGGUUCAUGAUAAUCAGUUGAAGGAGAUAAGAGAAAACCGAGUAGCCGAACGUGAUGAUGACGAAAGCAUUCUUAGGCUUACUGUUGGUCCUAGUGAUCAUCAUCAUCAUCAAAGGCCGGUGGUGCACCGUAGUGACCCGGCCAUGUUCAACAUCAAGAAGAAGUUAACGCCAAGCGACCUCGGACACCUGAGCAGGCUCUUGCUGCCAAAAGAUAUGGUCAAAAGCCAUAUUUUGCCUAAUUUUGAUGAAGACUUGGUAGGAAGGAUGGAGAGUGAAGUGGGUUUGGAAGUUACCGUGUUCGACGAGGAUCGGCAAAAGGAGUAUGAGUUGAUAUUCAAAUACUUGAAAUCGUCGAGAAGUUACGUUUUCAACGGAAAGUGGACACAUGACUUUGUGAAGUUGUUAAAUCUCAACAAGGAUGAUGAGAUCGGACUUUACUUGGAUACUACUCCAUCUCCAAAACCCAAGUUCCACUUUUCACUCUUGAAACUCGCAGGCCAAGCUGACGAGGGUGCUCCUGCUCUUCAACAAGAAUAG